GACGUCAUCGCCGCGCGACCGCUCCUUUCUUCUUUCUCCCCCGAGCGUCAUGGCCGGUGUGGCCUUCGAGGAGUUCUCGGCGCCUCCGGGCUCAGACCUGGCGCUGCCGCCGCUUUUUGGGGGUCACAUCUUGGAGAGCGAAUUGGACACUGAGGUGGAGUUCGUGGAUGGGGGAGGGGGUCUGGGGGGGCCCCCAAACCCGCAGGGGGGGGCGGGGGGGGAGAGUGCCCACGAACAGGAGGACGAGGAGGAGGCGCUCAGGAGACAGCGGGAGCUGCACCGCAGGAAAGUGCAGGCGCUGGCGCGGCGCUGCCGGGAGAUCGAGCAGGUGAAUGCACGGGCGCUGCGGCGACUGCAGCAGGUGCAGCGCCUCACACGGCAGCUGCAGCGGGAGCGCAGGUUCCUGAUGAAGGUGUUGGACUCCUAUGGGGACGAGUAUCGACACGGGCAGCUCACCAUCCUGCUGCAGGACGAGGGCGCGGAUGCCCCCACCCCCGGCAAUGCGGAGAAUGAGCCCCCCGAAAAGGAAGUGAAUCGGGGGGCGCCCCCCCUGCUCCCCAGCGUUCCCCCCCCCGAACCCCCCAACACCAAACGGCGCCGUCGGACGGGAAGGGACGAAAGAGGGGGGCGGCGGGGGGGGGCCGGGGGUCCCCUGCGCCCCGAGGGCUUCGGCACGCAGAAAGGAGAGACGGAUGAAUCAGGGCCCCCCCCAGCCUGGCCCCCCCCCCAACCCCCCUGA